CUCUCUCUAUAUUUUAACUCUCUCCCCUGAGACAGCUUAAGCAACCACCGUGCCGGAGUUGAACCACCGUGAACGAGUGCUACGGGAGCUGUGAGAGAUUCCGAUAUAAAGGAAAAGAGUAUUGAGCUGACAGUACAUGGCGAUGGCGGUUGGGCCAGCUGCGUUGCCGCCGGCCGAUGGAGCCAGUCCUCCAGCCAUGGGACCCGCAAUGAUGCCGACGCCGAUGACGUUGGUGCCGGACGCGGUGGCCAAGGACGCGAUACUAGGCUGGUACCGCGGCGAGUUCGCGGCGGCCAACGCGAUCAUCGACGCUCUUUGCGGCCACCUGACGCAGCUCAGCGGCGGAGGCACCGAGUACAGCGCCGUCUUCGCCGCCAUACACCGGCGGCGGAUGAAUUGGAUCCCGGUGCUCCAGAUGCAAAAGUAUCACUCCAUUGCUGACGUGAUGGUGGAGCUCCGAAACCUCGGGGCGAAGAUGGCGGAGCGGGAGAGCCACCAAAACGGCGAAGUUUUUGAAGCCGAGGACAAUUGCAAGAGCAGCGAAGGCGCUAAGUCGUGUGUGGAGGACGAGAAGAUGGAAGAAGCUAACGGAUAUGAGGUCGCCGCCGAUGAGGUCAUUACCGAAGAAGACGGUUCGCCGGAGAGUGAUAUCACUGACUCAGGAUCUCAAGAAGUGCUUAAUUCAGUGAACAAUGAGAUAUGUUCUAACCAUGAUGACUGUGAGGCACGUCGCUCCCAGAUCAAGUUGACAAAAGGUUUCUCAGCAAAGGAGUCAGUCAAGGGACAUAUGGUUAAUGUUGUGAAAGGCUUGAAGCUAUUUGAGGACAUAUUUACCGAAUCUGAGCUCUCUAAGUUGACUGAAUUUGCAAAUGAACUCCACACGGCUGGUCUGAAUGGAGAGCUCUCAGGUGAGACUUUUAUUUUGUUCAACAAGCAGAUUAAAGGAAACAGGAGAGAGUUGAUUCAGUUUGGGAUUCCAAUAUUUGGACAGGUCAAAGAGGAAGCUGCAAGCAACAUCGGACCAAUUCCAGCUCUUCUCCAUGAUGUGAUUGAUCACCUUGUACUUUGGCAACUAAUCCCAGAGUACAAACGACCUAAUGGUUGCAUCAUCAACUUCUUUGAGGAGGGAGAAUACUCGCAGCCGUUCCUAAAGCCACCACAUUUGGAUCAGCCAAUCUCCACUCUUCUCCUAUCUGAAUCCACAAUGGCUUACGGGCGCACCCUUGUGACUGAUACGGAGGGGAACUACAAGGGGCCACUGACCCUCUCGUUGAAGGAAGGGUCUCUCCUAGUUAUGAGGGGAAACAGUGCAGACAUGGCAAGGCACGUUAUGUGUCCAUCUCCAAACGAGAGGAUCAGCAUUACAUUCUUUAGAGUCCGAGUAGACUCCAACCAAUAUCAGUCAUCCCCUCAAAGUCCAACACAGAAUGGUGCUAUAACUGUAUGGCAGCCCAGCGUCAUGAGCCCAUAUGCAGCUCACGAAGGAGCACCAAAUGGCUAUGAGGCAAUGGAUGUCAUGCCCAAAUGGGGUGUCCUCCGUGCUCCAGUGGUCAUGAUAGCCCCAGUUCGUCCUAUGGUAAUGAGCCCUCGAAAAGUUCCUCAAAGUGGUACUGGAGUUUUCUUGCCAUGGACUGUGGGAUCAAGAAAACCAGCAAAACAUCUUCCGCCCCGCGCGCAAAAAGGACGGCUCAUGGAACUCCCUUCCCCGGCUGAGACACAUGUAGUGGAGGCUGCUUCUGAGCCGGGCAUCACUGUGUGAGGAAGAUCAUUGGUGUCAAGUUAGUCACAGGCAGCCCUGGGUUGAAAAAUGAUAUGAAUUCAGCAAAGAUGGUAUUCAUAUUUACUUCCAAGUUCUGCAGGAGUUUUUCUUGUUGUACAAACAGGCCUAGGUGCUGUUAGAAGAGUCGGUUUCAAUUUUCAAAAUUUUCCCUUUUCAUAUCCUGAGUAGGUAGUUGAGCUCAAGUUGUGGAGUGUGAAUUAGUUUAAGUGCUGAAUCUUGUAUUGGGGUUAUGUUAGUUUUUUUUUUCAGACAAGUUAUAUUACUUAUAUAUCAUCUUCUUAA